ACCAUGCCGUUGUGGAUGUACCAGCAAAGAAGAAGAAGCAAUGUAAACAAAAUCUCUUACCGGCCUGCAUUUAUACGUUUAUAUCUGUUAUUAAAUUAUUAAUUAAAUAAUUAAGUAUAAUUCCCACAUCUUAGUAAAAUAAUUACUCUAUAACAAUGCCUACCUGGAAUCAAAUACAAUCACAAUUGAGAAAUCCAAAUAAUCCGGUGGUUUUCUUCGAUGUGUCUGUGGGAACAACGGAAAUUGGACGCAUGAUAUUUGAGUUAUUCGCCGACACAGUACCAAAGACAGCGGAGAAUUUUAGACAAUUCUGUACAGGAGAAUAUCAACCGGAUGGUGUACCCUUGGGUUAUAAGGGAGCCAGUUUUCAUCGUGUCAUUAAAGAUUUUAUGAUCCAAGGAGGGGAUUUUGUUCAUGGCGAUGGUACAGGCGUCAUGAGCAUUUAUGGCAACACAUUCUCCGAUGAAAAUUUCACCCUAAAACAUGAUAGUCCCGGUCUUCUAUCCAUGGCCAAUAGCGGCAAAGACACAAAUGGAUGUCAAUUUUUCAUUACAUGUGCAAAAUGUAAUUUUUUGGAUGGCAAACAUGUGGUGUUCGGACGUGUCUUGGACGGUCUGCUGAUUAUGCGUAAAAUUGAAAAUGUGCCAACGGGACCGAAUAACAAACCUAAAUUACCGGUUAUUAUUUCACAAUGUGGACAAAUGUAAAGUGUAAAUUAGAUUGGUUUGCUUUUGACUUAAAUAAAUGUAAAGUUUUUUUUUAUGAAAAAAGCGUUGUGUUCACGGUUUCACAAUCAAAGAAACAAAACUCCUUGUAGGAAAUGUUCAGCAAAA